GCGUGCGGGACGCGGCGUCAUUGGGCGACCUCGCGCCGUGCCAUGAUGGCCGCCGGCACAUUCGGCCAAUGAGCGUUGCGCGGGCCGAACGCGCGUCCGUCCGGCGACAGUGCGACGUUGCCAGCUUUACCGUGAAAAAAUAUCAGAUUCGACCUUCUUAGGACCCCCGGUUUUUUUUGUUUGGUGUGGUGGUGAAUCGUGUUAUCGUUCGUGCUUAGGAUACCCAGUGAUGUGUAGGAGGUGCAGUGUUGUGUGUUGAUAUGGUGUGGUCAUCGCCUUCGGGGGAGGUCUUGAUCGAGUACUCAAGGCCCGGGCAGUCUGAUCACGGGCACGGCGCGCUGGCGUUCGGCGGGAAGCCGGCCGCGGGGGCGGUGGUGCAGCCCCGCGCCCCCGCGGCGCCCUACCCCCCGCAGUACCCCGCGCUGCGGCUCCACCAGCCCGGAUAUGGGUCGGCUGCGCUCUCCUUCAGUUCCAGGGACAGCAACUACCGCGGCGGCGGCGCUGUCGGCGAAUACCGCGCGGGCACCCGCAUGUCGCUGCUGGGCACCGCCUACCUCCCCCCGCCCGCGCCGCCCGCGCACCACCCGCCGCCCGCGGACCCGCCGCCCUUCAAGAAGAUCCGUCUCACCGCCGAGCGCCACCAGCCGCUCAGGGUCGAUACUAGGGAGCCGGUGAACAGUUAUGGGGCGGUGGAGGUGCUGUCUCCCAACCCCCCGUCCGAGCCCACGGUGGAGGAGCAGAGCUUCCGCACCACCAAGGAUGAGCUCAUACAGCAGAUCUCAAAGGUGGACCGAGAGAUGGCGCUGUCAGAAGCGAUGCUGGCGAAGCUUAAGAAGAAGCAGGAGGAGCUCGAGCAGGUCGCCACCAAGCCCGCGGCCGCCGCCGAGCCGGAGGAGGCGCCACCGCGGCACCGGAGUCUCGCGCAGAACAUAUACGCGGAGAACCGGAAAAAGGCGGCGUCAGCUCACGCAGUCCUAGCGCACCUCGGCCCGCCAGUUCUCUAUCCCCUGUACAACCAGCCCCAAGACACGGAGGUCUACCACGAGAACAUCCGCAAGCACCGCGGCUUCAAGAAACGGCUCGUCGAACAUGUUCGGCGGUUACGAUUAGAGGCUGAGAAGAGAGAAGACGCGCUAGCGGAAGAGUACAGCAAGCGAGCGGUAGAGUGGGCGAGAAGAGUGGAGAGGAUAGAGCAGGGGCAGAAGAGGAAAGCGAAGGAUGCGAGAAACAGAGAGUUCUUCGAGAAGGUUUUCCCCGAGCUAAGAAAGCAGCGGGAGGAGCGAGAGCGCUUCAACCGGCUAGGGGCUCGCGUGAAGUCCGAGGCGGAACUGGAAGAGAUCGCCGACGGCCUCCACGAGCAGGAGCACGAGGUCAAGAAGAUGAGGUCGUUGACUGUUGUACCCCCGCUACUCAGGGACCCUAGAGAUCCCGCCCCUGUCUAUAAAGAUACAAACCGGCGGUGUAUGGACAUGGAGGCGGAACACAAGGAGCUCGAACAUAAAAACGUUUGGACGACGCCAGAGCGGGACCUGUUCAAGGAGAAGUACCUCCAGCACCCCAAGAACUUCGUCCAGAUAGCCUCGUUCCUGCCUAGAAAGAGUGUCGGGGAUUGUGUCAGAUUUUACUACCUAUCGAAGAAGAGGGAGAACUACAAGCAGCUCCUCCGGAAGCCGCGGCAACGUCGCACGGCGCGGGGCAACCCGCCGCGGCCGGCGCCCGAGCCGGAGCUGCCCGCCGGCGUCGUCACCAGGCUACAGCGGUCACAAGGUAAUCCAUCUCCCUUUACUACCUAUCGAAGAAGAGAGAGAACUACAAGCAGCUCCUCCGGAAGCCGCGGCAACGUCGCACGGCGCGGGGCAACCCGCCGCGGCCGGCGCCCGAGCCGGAGCUGCCCGCCGGCGUCGUCACCAGGCUACAGCGGUCACAAGAGAGAGAACUACAAGCAGCUCCUCCGGAAGCCGCGGCAACGUCGCACGGCGCGGGGCAACCCGCCGCGGCCGGCGCCCGAGCCGGAGCUGCCCGCCGGCGUCGUCACCAGGCUACAGCGGUCACAAGUUUACUACCUAUCGAAGAAGAGAGAGAACUACAAGCAGCUCCUCCGGAAGCCGCGGCAACGUCGCACGGCGCGGGGCAACCCGCCGCGGCCGGCGCCCGAGCCGGAGCUGCCCGCCGGCGUCGUCACCAGGCUACAGCGGUCACAAGGCACGGUGGCGCGACCAGCGGACAAGGAGGCGAGCAUAGAAGAGCAACAGGCGCUAGGGCAGGACGCGAGUCUAAUACCCGCGCAGCCCGCCGCGGCGCCACUGCAACCCGCCCCGACGGAAAUCACCCGCACGCCGCCCCUACCCCCCUCGCCGCCGCCGGCGUCGUCGGCGCCCCCCGCGCCGGCCACGGCGACGGCGGGCGGCGCCGUGCCCGCCGGCAGCCCCGCGCCGCCCUCGCCGACGCCGCCCCCGCAGCCUGAGCAGACGCAAACGACCUCCUCAACGCCCCCAACAACGUUAACAACGACGACGACAUGCUCGCCCUCCCCCUCGCCAACCGUGACGGUGACGCCCGCGCCGACGCCGCCGCCGCCGGUCGCGCCGACGCCGCCCGCCGCGCCGCCGACGCCGCAGCCGGCGCAACCGCCGACGCCGACACAGCCGGCGGCGACGCCGGAGACAGCCGUGAUCGAGCGCAUCAGCACGCCGUCAACGCCGGCCGCGGCGUCAACGCCGACGCCGGCGUCAACACCAACGCCGACGACGGCGGCGUGUGCCGUAUGCGGCGCCGCCGGCGCCACGCGCGCCGUGUCGCGUUCCCGAGCGCUGUUCUACGGGUUAAGGGAGGACGCGGCGGGCAGUCGGGUGUGCGACGCUUGCCACACGAGGUGCGUCCGCUGCAGGUACACAUGGUGUCCGUCGUGCCACGGGCCGAAGGUGCGAGCGAAGCGACUGCGGCACCUGCCGCCCAAGUGGCACGAUCUCUCGCCUGAAGUCAAGAAACCUCUUCUUGAUGAGUGGAACAUCCCAAGCGACCUCAGCAAAUGCUGUCUCAGUUGCUUCAAGAAAAUCACCCGUUGGCUGGAAACGGUCGGCGAGCACCCAACCCCGGACCCGACCGAAGAGGAGGCGUCCAGGUUCAGAACCCUGCUCCGAGAACACGGGACGUCCUGGGAGAAGAUGGCCGCCGGCAGUGGCAAGACGCCGGCCAGCUUCAAGGCCUUCUACUUCACGUAUCGGAAGAAACUGCAACUAGACGCUUUGGUGGCGGAGCGGCCGCCGCCGAAGGGCAGCGAUACCGAUGAUAGCGUGCUCAGUUCGGGCGACACGGACACGGCGAGUGCGGAGAGCCCGCGGCCGCCGCCGCCGCCCGAGCCGGCGCCGGCGCGGCCGCGGCGCGACGAGUACGACUCCAGUGCGACAGAGACAGCCGACGAGGAGAACGACGCGCCGCAGGCUAAGCAGGUCCCUCCCCCCUCGGCCGCGCCGGCCCCCCCGGCCGCGCCCGCGCCCGCGCUGCUGCGCAACGGCCCGGGCGCCCCGCCCCUCACCGUGCGCGACGUCGUGCUCAACAUGAUCGAGAUCAGCUUGCUGAAGAACAACCAGCCCGUUCCGCCCAGCGUCAAACCCAAGGUGACCUCCCACGCGCCGCGCGAGUCGCUGGCGACGCUGAGCGUGGUGAACAGCGGCCACGUGAGCGCCCCCCCGCGCUCCCCCAACCGCCCCGCCACCAUCACCCCCCUGCAGCCCGACGCGCCCAAGGAGGGGGUGGUCGUGCUGCACAUCGAGCCCCGGGACCAGCGCGAGCGACCCGAGCCUCUGCUCGACCUCAGUGUCAAGAAGCCGAGACAUGAGCACGCCUUCCCUCAGCCUGGCAAAACGGUAUCAAUAUCUCAACCGCAAUACCGCAACUCGGACUUCCAACAGCAGUACCGUCCUCUAGAGCGCGAGUCUCCAACCCUCUACAACUCCAAGCCGAAACCGGUCGCCGCCGCCCCACGCCCGACCUUGAAACCCGCGCCGAACCCCAAGGGUUCCAUAACCUUGGGCACCCCGCUCGAGUCCCGCUACGAGCCGCGACGGACCCCCCCGGACACGAAGCCCGGGUCCAUAACGGCCGGGACCCCGGUGCAUGGGACUCAUGGACACCAUAUUCCGGACAAGCAGCGGUUUCACGAGAUGUAUAAUAAGAGGAAGAGUCCGGGUGGCGCGUAUUAUCCGGGAGCGCAGAAUGCGCAGAGGCCGCAGAGUCCACAGUCUUUCUCACCGAACCCAGCCUUCGGCCGUUACUCUGGCAUGGACCAGCGUCAGAUAAUCAUGGCGGACUUCAUCACGUCGAAGCAGAUGCCGGGCGGGGCGAGAAGAGAACGCGAACGACCAGCGUCGCCGUACUCGCAGCCUUCUGUUAUAAGACAUUCUUACCAUGUGCACCCGCCACCUCCACCCGGUCACGAAGCUUUCACGUCGUUGGUUGACGCAGCCGUGUCGGCGUCGGCGCUGCCGGUGCCCCGCGGCCAGGCGCCCGACGCCAAGCCUGACGCCAAGCACGACAUGAGGAUACACGAGAAGAUGCAGCGCGAGCGCGACAUGGGCAUCGUGCACAAAUACCACCAUCCGCAGCACCCGCACCACCCGCAGCACAUGCAGUACCAGUCGGUUAUGGACCGCGAGAGGAGAGGAAUGCAAGCGCAACUGCUAGAGAGAGACAGACAGCUGGCCUUACAAAGCCGAGAAAGGGAACGCGCGAUAGCAGCGAUGCACGAGCGAGAGAGACAUAUGGCGAUAGAGCAGCAACACCAGCAACAGCAGCAGAUGAUGAGCGAGAGGCAGAACAUGAUACAGCAGCAACAACAACAACAGCAGCAACAACACCAGCAGCAACAACAUCAGCAGCAACAACAUCAGCAGCAACAACAUCAGCAGCAACAACAUCAGCAGCAACAACAGGCGCAGCAACAGGCGCAGCAACAGGCACAACAACAGGCGCAGCAACAAGCACAACAACAACAGGCGCAGCAGCAACAACAACAACAGCAACAGCAGCCUGCCAGCUCCAACGCGGACGGCGAGAGAAGGUUGCUGGCGCCGUACAAGCAACAACCACCGCACCACCGGCAUCCUGCCUCGCCGCACCUUGAAACUUGGAAGGAGACCCGGCCGGCGCCGGCGCCGCCAGCAGCGGCGGUCCGCACGGAAGGCACGCUGACGGCCGCCUCGCUCAUCGACGCCAUCAUCACGCACCAGAUCAGCCAGUCCGCCACCGACCAGCGCUUCCCUCCCACGAUAAUUCGCGAAUGUUCACCGACGCUACGUGAAGAACGGCAGUCUCCACCUCGAGAGGAACCUCCAGCGCACACAGCCAGUAUAAAGCUCGGGGAUCUCGCCUCCAACAUCAUCACGAGGGACUUCUGCAGCCCCACACAACCACCCCAUCAUCAGAACAGCAGUAGAUACAACUUGGGAGCGGGCGGGCCGGAGUACCCGGCCGCGGAGGAGUGGAAGCGCCGCGACGCGCCCAAGCACGCGCCCUACCUCGAGCCCGUCAGCCCGCCCGACAACCACCACCCCAACAGAGCGAACAGCACGCGUCGUUUCUCCGGCUGCAACUCCUCAACCAUGCUAACGCCGUUCGACUACGUGACCAACCGCAUAGUGGAGGUGAUGCGCAGCGACGCCGACGAGCGGAAACCGGCGCUGGCGUUCCCCGCUACCGCCUACGCGUAUCCAUACUCCGCGCUCAACGUGCCGGCCACCACGGCGGGGCCGGUUUCCAGCGCUCCCUCUACUAGUGAUGGCGGUGGUCCGGCGGCGGCGGCGGGGACGGCGACAGCGGCCCCCGCGGCGGCCCCCGCGGCGCCCGAGCCCGCGCCGCUCAUGUCGGCGCGCUACGAGCCGCUCUCCGACGAGGACUGACGCCGCAUGCACCGCCCGCCCGCCCACGCCGUCUGCUGAGCGCCCACGCCGAGGCCGGAGGCCAAGAGUCUCCUGAGGCACGCUUUCGAAAUAGCCGCCCGGGCGACCGAAUGGCCCGAUGAAGAAAUUAAACACCGUCAGGGUUGGAAGUGAUGACUAUUAGUCCGCGACGAGGCCGAAAGCCACUCCGACGCUCCACCGCGGCGUCCGCUGAGUGACUUCACAUCGAGGCUAAAGGCCACUAAUAUACAUCUAGAACGGCCACAUGUGCCGGACUCGAGUCGAAUAGUGAAGAUGUAGAAAAUAGUGAAGAUAUAUAAAACUAUGAUGUAACCGAACAUCUGCUGUGUGAAUAAAAAGCUAGUACGGAAGCUCCUGUAAAACACGGCACGAAACUUGCUGAAAAUCUAUUCUAGAAUUUUUGCUUAUUUCUUAACGAAUUGAGUGAACCUCACACCAAUUUAAGCAAACUAAGCUCUAAUUUAACAAAUGAAAUAAGACAGUAGAUGUCAUGCUAAAGAAAUUUCACAAGAUAGAGCUUAGAAACAGUCCUCGGAAGAAUCUUAAAUACUCAGAUUUUAAACUUAAGGACUGAAUUACGACACGGAAGUUGAAUAAUACGGAGGGCACUGGACUUGGACGUGAAACAAACAGCCGUCCUCAGUAACAUAGGAGAAGGUUUUAAACUUUGACUACGCCAACCGGCUUGGCUUAAUGUAAGAUAGUGUAUGCUUCGAGCGUCACGGACGUUAAGUGACUGACUUAGUGAGUGUUACGGACAAUUGUAAAUUUUAAAGUGUUAGGCGAUUAAAGCAGGGAAUAUAUAACGAGUUGUGGCAAGCUUUAAGUGUACGAGGAAUCUGUGGACGCUUCUAUAGUGUAUAUUAAUAUUUAUUACGUUGAUUUUGUCCAUCGCUAGGGGCUUUGAAAUUUUGUUGGUUAUGUUGUACGAAUCGGUGUAAUGUGAAGUUAGGUGCCCCGGCGUCACUGCCACUUCUUUUGUGGCACAAGAUAUAGCGGACCUGACGCUCCUAUAUCGCUGUCUCAAAUUUUAUAUUAAGUACCAAAACAAUACUAUAAUAUUGCUUGAUUUUCAUUGUAGAUAAAGAAAGGAACAAAGGACGAUUUACAAAAUGUAGGCGUGUAUUUCACAGCUGAUCUAAUUGAUGAUAUACAGUUGGUAUUAUGGAUAAGAUUGUAAACUGCUAAGUUUCGAAAAUCUAGGUACAACAAAAUGUAUAGUGCUGUACAGCGCCAUCUAGAGUCAAUUGGCAAUAUUUUACAUCAAUAUGUGCAUAUUCAUUCUUUGUCUAUGCUUUUCGCAAAAGUUAAACCUUAUUCUAACGCCAGUUACUUGUCAUUAUAGUUGACAUGGUGACUGACCAAUAUUAAAUCUUAUUGCGAAUAGCUAAGGUGUAAUAUUAGUCGUGUCGCACGGCGGUGUAGGAGGUCAGGGCCGCACCCAGGUCUUCCGUCGCCCCGGUCGCUAGGCGUCCACUAGCGACUAAUGACUAACGUGUAACGACUAACGUCUAGUGUACGUGUGUACGCGCAGAUUCCUCGCCGCUCGCCGGCCCGCGGCGCUCCCUGUACAUAGCACCCGUAUAUCGCGGCGCCGGCCCAAUAUACGUUUAUAAAUAUUAGUACACGGUAAUCGGUAUAAACACCAUCAUGUAUACAUUCUGUGCAUUUGUAAUUAUACUUAGUUAAGGUACGAUAGAGAUUUGUUUUCGUUAGCUAGGUCCGGCCCCAGCGGCCACAUGCGGGGCCCGCGUCGCCCGCGCCGGCCAUCUACACGUGUGUGCACCCGAGCUGCGCGAGCGCGUCCCGCCGCCCGGCGGACCCACCGCCAAACUAUAUACUACUACAGAUCUCAUACUUGACACUCGCUUGCGUUAGCUUCAAUCUAAGCUAGAAUUAGUACAUUGAUCUAACUUUGGGUUUUAACCCUUUACCAGGCUAAGGGAUAUAUAUUUCCCACAUACGGCACUUUAAACAUGUGUUCUAUUUUCGAUGAGUGAGACUGACAUUCGAUUGUCAUUUUUGAAGUCAUUUGUCAUUUUGUCAGCCUGGUAAACGGUAAAAUCUAAGGUGGAGUUAGUUCUUGGAUCUAGCUUUGGGUUUUAGACGCGACGCGAGCGGGUCGAAUGUCGCUGGCAACAUAAGGAAUGUACGACUUAGUUUUGGCAGUAGCUCCGCGAGGGUUCAGCUCUCAUGAUCGACUUCUGGGGCUUAUUGCACAAUAAAAGCUAUGAUUAGCUUGUAUUUUAUAAUGCAAUAGACCCCUGGUUUUUUUAAAUGUCGCUUUGAGGGCCAGGGACGCGUCUUCAGCAUAAAUCAGACCGAGCCCGUCGGACGCCGCCACCAUUUAUUAUUUAUACUUUAUUAUUUUUGCAAUUUAUAAAUCGAUUACUUAUACAUUAUUUUACAAUUCCUGUUAUUUCAGUAAGAGUUAAACACUUCAAUUAUUAACAAAAUUAUGGGUAAAUAUCGUCUUAAAAUUUACUCAAUACUUUGCUUUAUAAUUUUAUAUGAAUUAAUAUUAGCUUCAGACAGAAUCAAAUCAGUUUUACGUCGAGGAUGAAUGGAAGACCUAAUGAGAGGUCGAGUGUUAUUGUUUUGUAUGUUAUUGUAUACUAGGGUUUAUUUGUAUAUAAGCGAGGUGGCGCGUGUCGACGGCCGGCGUGUUGUAAAUGUUUUAUAUUAUGUAAAAACGACUGAUUAUAUUAAAGUUCUGUUGAAGCCGGGCGGGCGCCGCGGCGCGCCCUGUCAUUGUGAUUUCUUUAUAAAUUGUAAUAUUAAUAAUGUAAUUUAAGUAGCCGAAAGAAAAGAUAAUCCUUGUAAGUCCGAGUAAAGCGAAAACAAAGUUUUGGAGGACUCAAUCAAUAAAUAUGAUGCAAAUCGA